GACUUCACCAGGUACAGGAGGGCUGUGCAGGCGGCGGAGCUAGGAUGCGAGUCGAAUGAACAACGCGCCGCCCUGGGCCCGAAGUUGGAUCAGAACCUCCUCGGCGCGGGCAACUCGAUCAGCGUGCUGAUCGAGCAGGCGGGCCCGAGAGACUGCGCCGCGGAGGAUGGAGCGAAUGCUCUGCUCAAAUUCCUGGCGACCGAGCGUUUUGCGAAGAGCAGUUUCCGUGAGUUGCCGAAGGCGUUCGACACGUUCGUCGACCUCACGCACUUCGAGAGGAAAGGUGAGGAGCCUAUGGCGGUCUUCUGCGCAGCCAUGGAGGUGGCGCGGCGGAACCUAGCGAAGGUGGGCCCGGACACGAAGAUCAGUUCUGAUGAGCUCGGGCACCGCGCGUUGAAGCGCAGAGGUCUAGACAAGGACGAACGCAACCUGGUGAUCGCGAGGGCGGACGAGACGUUCAAUUUCGCGACGAUCUCGACAACGCUGAAGAAUGGAUUCCCUCGCGGCGGAAGUAGGCGCCGUGGACAAGGAAAAAGGACGGGCUGGAAGUGGAAAAUGCUCGCGAACGACACCGAGACUGGACAAGCUGAUGGAGAGGACCAGCACAACGGUGAAUACUGGGUCCAGGGCGACGACUGUUACUGGUACGAAUGGGACGAUGAUCGCGGAGUCUACACAUGCACGGAAGAGGACGGAGCUGACACGUUCCUGGCGGGAGAAGACGAUGAUUACCAACAGACCCUGGUCACGAUGCGAGAGAGCCGCCUCAAGAUGAACAAGUUGCAGGCGGCAAAGGGAUUCUUCAAAGGAGGGAUCGGCGGCGCUGUGGACGAGAAUGCGGCAGCCGGCGGUCACGCGGCAGGCAAGACCCCAGGAAAAGGCACAGGAAAAGGCAAGGAUGGCGGCAAGUCGAAGGUGCGAGACCCGAACGCGAACUACAUCCAUAUGCAGCCCGAGAAAGAUUACGAUAUCAUGAUGGCGAGCCUGGACAGCGAUCCGAUCGUGCCGGACAGGCCCGAGCUCGAGGUGAUGAUCUCCAGCGACGUCGUGCCAGCGCCCCUAGUGGACAGCGGGGCCUCGAUUGCAGUCGCAGGACGCGGACGGCUUGAUCGCGUCGAGGCAGAGCUCACCAAAUACGGUCUCAUGCCCGUCAAGGAGUAUUUCGAGAUCCCCGGCGACAUGGUCGGCCUGACGAGCAGGAAGGACCUUGCCGAGUGGAGGGCGAACCUCUACAUGCGCGAGGACGGCCACUGGGCGGACUUCCAGGAGCUCGGGGUGCGCGGCAAGGACCUGGUGAAACUGCCUGUCGGAGCCACUCUUCGAGUGGUCCGCGUGGACGAGAUGCAGCUCGAGCCGGACGCGUUCCUGGUCGCGGAGACGCUGCAGGAGUACGAGCUGGGCUUCCAAGUGAAGGAGCACGCCGACUCGUGGGUCGCGGAGACUCUGAAGAACGGAAGCAAGGACAUAUUCAAGAAGGGCACGCUCAAACGGAUCGACAAGUUGAUGAAGGAAUAUUCGGUCAUCUUCGACGCACUGUGGGACAACCUGUGGGAGCUGUUUGCGAAGGAGGCUCGCUUUGCUCGUGCAGCCUCGAAGGGUGGUCAUGCGAACGCGACCCCCCCGGAUUUGUCGGUCGGGGUUAACUUCAGCGACCCCCAGACCCAGUCGGAUUUUCUGUUCCUGACAAACACCUUCGACCCCUGGAUGGUCUCGGUCGCGUUCCCAUGCGCACCUUUCUCGAACAUGCAAGAGUUUCAGCGAGCUCAGGGCAUGGGCGACCGGGUGGACGACCUCAUCGAGGAGUUCAGGCCACUGGUUCACUUCUCGGCUAAGCGACCCCCAUUGUACGAGAUGGUUACGCUACACCAGUGCAUGUUCGGACUGACGGAUGACUACGGGACGCCGAUUCGGAAGGCCACGCGCAUGCUGGUACCCAACGGUUCAUGCUUUCCGUGGUGGCUCGAUCGCAAGUGUGAGCAGCGCCACGAGCAUGCCGACACGGUCGGACGAGGCACGCUGAUCUCGCGGGCUAGUGCCUGGCCGGACGACGUGGGCAGGACCCUGGUAAGCGCUGACGCUCAUGAGGUAUCGCGGCGCACCGACCUGAAAAAGCUGAGUACCGGAGACGAUGCGACGAAGGAUCCGGAUCAGAGGACCAUGCGCACGGUGGCCAAGGAUUUAAAGCUGAAGAAAGACCUUCUUGACGUACGCGUGCUGAGGCAGAACGAGGCUAUCCCUGUGCCUCGCGGAGCUGUGCGGCGCACCUACGCCGUGUACACCGACGAGGGCGUGCUGGCCGACUUCUCCGAUGCCUACGCGGACGACCCGUGCAGACAUCCUUCCCCGCGGCGAUACCACUACUUGGCAGCCGACCAGAAGCAUUCAAGCCUGACGAUCGUGAAGCAGACGCAGUACAUCGAGACCUACAUCGCGAAGGUGGAGAGCUUCGGCGACAAACCUUCAGACAUCACCACGGCUCAGUGGGGCGCCCUGAGGAAGCUCCACCUGAACCUGAGCCACCCGUCGGCACACGCGCUGAAGCGACGCCUUGAGUCCUACGGGUUGUCGCAGAAGGUACUCGACGCGGUGGACAAGUUUGACUGCGUCGUGUGCAAGGAGCUCGGGUGGCCCAACACUACGAGGUCGGCCAACCUGAAGCUCUCGACAGAGUUAAACGAGAAUGUGUUUAUGGACGAAGCCGAGGCGCCUCAGCUCAAAGGCAGAGUGGAACGGGCUGUCGACUUCUUCAAAGACCGUUUCCAGCGCCUGAACCACGAUGCACAGCUCACCAAGAGCGACGACCCAGCCGUGUGCACUUUUCGAGGGCGGUUCGAGCAGAUUCGCGCUGCGACGAACCAGGCGUUCUUCGAGCUGGACUGCGACGACGCAGUGAGAAGGGCCGCGGUUGGUCGGGUUCGCCCGCCGCGCGGGCCGUUCGUGCCGGGCGAGCUGGCGUUUUACUGGCGUGAGGUGAAGCACGUGAAGUCGAAGCGGCUCCAGGGCGACCGAGGGUGGCGCGGCCCGGCCAUUGUGCUGGCGGCCGAGGGCCACGCAAGGCUGCACCUCAGCUACCGUGGGGUGCCGGUGCUCGUGACGUCUGAGCAGGUGCGGCAUGCCUCUCGCGGUGAAGCCGAGAUGGUUGAGAACGAGGGCCUCGUCAGGCAACUGUCGCAGUGGCGCGGAGGACCUACCCUCCAGAAGGGCUUCGUGGACGAGCGUGGGCCUGGGCCUGACGGGGGCGGUGUCCAGCGCGACAGGCGUCGCAAGAAAGACGACGGCGACUCGGACAAAGAGGGCGCCGUGGGCGACGCGCCGUGCUACCCGAAGUACCACCACUACCUGGAGAUGGAAACGACAUGCAGGACGUUAGAAAUGAAAAUACACCCGGAGAUGGAGACGACGUGCAAGAUGUUACGGCUAACGACCCACCUGUACCUGAUGCAACUGGGCAGGGGCGCGCCGCGGACCUGGGCGCGGCUGCUGUGCCAAGCGAUCCGCAGCAACAACCUGAGCAAGAAGGACAGCCAGAACCUGCACCACAGUCUGGUUCGAGGGUCUCUGUAUAAGCGAUCACUACCUGACGACUCCGAAGCAAAUCGCGAACGCUUCUGCGCGCGUCGCGAAGCUCUCAAGCAGAGUCGCCUCCCGAUGAUCGAGGACGACGAGAUCGACGACAAAGUGCUCUUCCUCGAGGUGAAGAAUCGCUCGAGGGACGCAUUCGUGGCCAGGAGGACUGACGCCGCGAAGGAUCAGGUCAACCCGAAGAAAGGUCGGGAACUACGCAGCAUCUCGCCAGAAUGGAAGACGGCAUUCGAGGCGAGUGACCUGGAAGAGUGGCGUAAGUGGAUGCAGUAUGACGCUUUGGAGCGGCCGAGCGAAGAGGAGAUCUCGGGCGCCGAGAAGGCGGAUAUCCUGCCCAUGAGGCGCGCCCGCGCCGACAAGAAUCUGCAGACGAACGCGCCGGCGCUCACGGACACGGCCGCGGCGGUGAUCAUCCAGGAAGCUGCCAGCCAGCCUGGCUGGAGCCUCGAGCAGGGCGACGCAGUCUCGGCAUUUCUGAAUGGAAGAUAUCUCGACAACUCCAGACUCGUGUACUUCCGUGUUCCCAAGGGCGGCGUGCCUGCGGUGCCGGAGCUGGGAUGGCCGUUCGUCCCAGAAGGGACUGUCCUGCAGGCGAAGAAGGGCGUCUACGGGUUGAAUGAAGCACCCCUGUUGCUGCACGAGGAGCAUCGCGAUGCCAUCCUGUCGCUUCCUGGGGCUUCGAGAUCCAAGCUGCGCCCGGCCCUCUUCAUCUUCCACGACGAGAGGGGGAAGCUAAUCGGCCUGAUCGGGACGCACGUCGACGAUGACCUCGUGGAGCACACGAAAAGCAUCGAGAAUAUACCGAUCUCGGCCGAGCGUCGCAAGACUAAGGAGGCAAAGGCCACGACGGAGGAAAGGGCUAUGCUCCACACUGGCAACGGCCAGGUCCAGUGGCUGGUCCGUUCUACGAAGAUGGAUUUGGCGUUAUGGCUGGUGGAAAGCCAAGCUCGGGCUCGCGACAGUAACUUGAAGGUGCAAGACCUGCUAGACUACAACAAGGUCGUGAGCAACGCCAAGACCGACCACCUGGACAUAACCUUCCAGAAGCUGGACAUAGGCACCGUGAUUGUGGUCGCAGUGGGGGACUUGAGCCACGGGAACGUGGGCAAGACGAAGACCGCUAGCCAGGCAGUCGAGAGUGGCGACAUGCUGAGACAACACCUGGUGGAACUGCACGGGCUGGGAUACCGGACCCACAUGGACGACGUAAAGGCGAUCAAGAUGGUGGAGCUCACGGACUGUAAGUCGCUCUACGACCUGCUGCAGAAGCGAGGGACGGUCCCGUCCGAGAAGCGGCUGCUCAUCGACAUCGAAUCGCUUAGGAACGGCAUAGAGUUCAACAACGUGGUGAGCAAGUGGGUGAACACCAAGCAGAUGCUCGCCGACUGUAUUACCAAGCAAGACGUCCGCGCGGGCGAUUCCAUGAGGUAUGUGCUCCGGACGGGCGAGUACCGGUUGACGGGGGACCCCACGGCAGAGCAGGUGAUACCCGGGCAACGGACGGAGCUGAAGGGUCGCAAGGGCGAGUACUAUCGCUCGAAGUAUCCUCGUCGGCAUCGGCCGGCCGACCAGCCCUUCGCGCGGGAGGGCUAUGCAUACUUCGAGGACUGCAUCGCGGAUUUGAG